CUUUUUGGAGGGAGAAUAACACCAGCUAUAUAAUCCUUGUCCUCCUCCCCCAACAUUGUAAUAACUAGCCAACUCGUCCAUCCUACCUGCGUAGCUCAAAAAGCACGACUUUCAUGGCGGAUUUAACUCCUUAACAAACCAUAACACCUCCGCCAUUCCAUCAAUGGAGAAGCUCCCUUCCAAGAAAACCCACCUUACACUUCCAGAAUGGGAGUCUCUCAUCGACGACUUUCACAAUGGCGGUUCUCAUCGAUGGUGGUCUUCAAUCACUCCACUCUCUCUCCUCGACUUUUCUCUCUCCUCCCUCCUCAAGAAGGAUUUCCCUCUCUCCCUCAAACUCCACCUUCUCAUCUUCCUCGACGAAUUCGCCGAUCAAAUUUUUGUAUCUGAUGAUGAUUAUGACGAAGAAGAGGUUCUUACCAGAUUGAUUGAAACCCUUAAAGUUGUAAUUCAAUCCCCAAUUGAUGGAUUUUCGAUUACUUACUCGCUUAAGGAGCAGAUUCUUGUUUCUGUUACUUCGAUUACGAUGACAAUUUGUGAGCUUAGGGUUAGGGUUUGUCAGUCACAGCUUGAGGGGCUGGUUGCGAUUUUAUUGACGAUUGUUAAUCGGCCGAACCACAGUAUUGACCGGCAGACAAGGGCGGUGGCGUGUGAGUGUUUAAGGGAGUUGGAGAGAGAAUAUCCGUGUUUUUUGGCCGAGAUUGUGGGGCACUUGUGGGGGCUUUGUCAGAAUGAGCGAACUCAUGCUUCUCAGAGCUAUAUUCUAUUGCUUCUAGAGGUAAUUCAUGACAUUGUUGUUUGUAAGUUGAAUGUUGCUUCUGUUUUUAAGACUGCUGUUCCUUUAGUACCUUUUAAUGUUCCGCAAUGGGUGACGGCUGAUGGUGGGGAGGGUAAUGUGGAGGAGGGUAUGCAUUUUGGGGUCGAGUUGUCGAGCUCAAAUGCAAAGGAGUUGAAGCGCGUGAUGUCGUUUUUGCUGGAUUGUUCACAGGUUCUUACUCCAUGUGGGAUGGUGGAGUUUAUGUCUAUGGUGAUACCUUUGGCUGUUGGUUUGGAGCUUCAAAGCUCUUUGUUGAAAGUUCAGUUCUCUGGGUUGCUUUAUAGUUAUAAUCCUUUGCUUUGGCAUGUUGUUUUGAUGCUUUGUAGGCAGUUUUUGGAUUCAUUUGAUGGGCAGGAGGGUGAGAUUUUUAAGCGCUUGGUGCUGAUCUCCAAGGAAGGACAGCAGCCUCUGGUGUUUCGGUUGCUGGUUCUUCAUUGGUUGUUAGGUUUUGUUGAAUUGGUUUCUGAAAAGGAUGUUGUGAAAAGGAGGUUAAUUGUCGGGAUGAGCUCACAUUUCUACCCGAAUGUAUAUGAUGCACUUGCAUUGAAAUCAAUGAAGCUAGAUUUGAUUGCAUUUUGUUCUAUCGUCAUUGAUUCGGAAGUGAGCCAGUAUGGGUUUUCAGGGAAAUCUGUGAUGAAGUACUUUGAGGACGGUCUUGUCUGUGUUGCAGGAUUUAAGUGGCUGCCACCUUGGAGUACGGAGACAGCAGUCGCUUUCAGGACCUUGCAUAAAUUCUUGAUAGGUGCAUCAACUCAUUCCAAUGCCGAUCCAUCUGCCAGCAAAGCUGUUAUGGAGUCUACCAUCUUCCGUGGUAUACAGACAAUAUUGGUGAACUUGCUGUUGGACUUUCAGAAGUUGGUACCUGUUGUUGUUGCUUUAAUAGAUCGAUUAUUGAACUGUCAAAAGCACUGCUGCAUGGGGGAGAAGCUGCUUCAGACCGUUGAUGAGCAUCUACUUUCUAAAGUUAUCAUAAACUAUAGAAUGUCUUCUUAUUUUCUGAUUUUUGAUAGAAUUGGAAAGAAUGAUUCUGUACCUCCUCAAAGAUUGCUGGAUUUGCUUAUGAAGUUCACAAUUUUUCAUGUUGAGAAGCACAGUCCAGAUACUGGGUUAAAGUCCUGGUCUCACGGAAGCAAAGUUCUUGGCAUUUGUCGAACAAUGCUUUUGCACCAUCAUAGUUCCCGCUUGUUCAUUGGACUCUCUCGACUUCUUGCAUUUACAUCUCUUUAUUUUCCUGAUCUGGAGGUUCGUGACAAUGCAAGGAUUUACCUACGAAUGUUGAUAUGCAUACCCGGAAAAAAACUCAAGCAUAUGCUGACCCUUGGGGAUCAAGUGAUUGGCAUUUCACCAUCACCUCAUGCAAAUUCAGUCUAUAAUGUCCACUCUCCUCGGUUUUCUGAAGAUCUUAAGAAAUCCAGAAGUAUUUCAUCUUACAUCCAUCUAGAGCGGGUGAUACCACUGCUUGUGAAGCAAUCUUGGUCAUUGUGUUUACCAACUAUUGAUUAUGAGGUUGACAAGAACGGCUUUGUUGAUGGCAUAAAUAACAGUGAACCACAGUUGAAUGUUCAAGGUUCCAGUGGCAAUAAAACUACCCAGUUUGUCGGUGACAAUAAAAGAAUAGAUCAGCCUCAAGAACCCCUACGAGUAAUGGAUUCCAAAAUUUCAGGGAUUGUGGAUAUAUUGAGGAAGCACUUUUCGUGUAUUCCUGAUUUCAGGCACAUGUCAGGGAUCAAGAUUAGAAUACCCUGUUCUUUGAGGUUUAGUUCUGAACAUUUCAACCGUAUAUGGGGAUCAGAUUCAACAGGGGAUAGUGCUGUUGAAUUAGAUACAGUUCCUGCAAUGUAUGGAAUAGUUCUCAAGUUCUCAUCCUCAGCUCCAUAUGGUUCUAUACCAUCAUAUCAUAUCCCAUUUCUUCUUGGCGAAUCGGCUUUUGAGAUCCCCCACAAGAAAGAGUCAUUGGACAUUGUCUCAGCUGGAAUUCAGUCCAAUGAAAAGUCAGUUUCUAGUUCACUUGUUACCAUUGAAUUGGAACCCCGAGAACCUGUGCCAGGUCUUGUGGAUGUUUCCAUUAACGCGAAUGCAGAAAAUGGUCAGGUUGUUAAUGGGAAGCUUCAGGGGGUCUCAGUUGGCAUCGAGGACAUGUUUCUCAAGGCUGCUGCCCCAGCUGAGAUUCUAGAAGACACAGUUCCAGGAUAUUACUCCGCCCUUUUUGAUGCUUUGUGGGAGGUAUGUGGUGCCUCUUCCAGUGCAGGUCGGGAAACAUUUUCACUAAAAGGAGGUAAGGGGUUUGCAGCAAUCCAUGGAACACAAUCAGUUAAGCUUCUCGAAGUUCCUUCAACCUUAGCAAUUCGUGUUGUUGAAAGAUAUUUAGCCCCCUUUGUUGUUGGUGUGAUUGGUAGACCUCUGGUGGAGGUUGUGAAGGACGGUGGCUUAAUCCAGGAUGUGGCAUGGAUAGAUAUGUUUUCAGGUUCUGCUAAUGAGAAUAACUCGGUUGCGAAUUUUGAUGGUGGUCCACUAUAUUUGACAUACUUUGAAAAUGAAGAUGGUAAGAUCAACAUUGGUAAGACAAACAUGGGUUGCUUUCUUGUGUUGAUAUUCCUACCACCCAGGUAUCAUCUUCUCUUUCGGAUGGAAGUUUCUGAUAUUUCAACAUUGGUCCGAAUUAGAACAGAUCACUGGCCUUGUUUAGCCUACAUUGAUGAUUAUUUGGAAGCUCUUUUUUCUUUGUAACCGGGGUUAGUCUUUUCUGCUGCUAUAUACUCAUUCCAUUGAGAAAGGAGUAUGUUCUGUUCUCUUUUGUUUGCGUUACAGCAGUUGGUUACAUAUUUUCUGUUCAAAUUCUUUUCCCAGAUUGUUUUUUACUUGGGAAAAUAUUCUUUUUGCAUCAGAAAUAAAAAAAUGUAUAUAUUCUAGUGUCAAUCAUUCACCAGCUGCACUUUUGUACAAGAAAUUUAUACAAUCAGUUCUGAGAGGUGAAAUACUUGUAUUUUGGUUGUAUACUUCUCUGAGAGUAUGAUGUUAACAUGUAAUUCUACAA